AUGUUAGUCACUGACUACGACGUGGCCAAGUGGACCCCCUUUGCUAGGGAUGAGUUUCCAGCGGCCGCCACGAACAAGAAGCUUUUGGACCUCUACAUGGAGGAAAAUCCCAGUGUGAACUUUCAGAGCUGGGAGUUCCAGGGUAAGUGGGAAAAGGCUGUGGAGCAUGUUUACAAUUAUCUUCACCAGCAGCGCGAGUGGUGGUGGCAAAAUAUCGACACGAUGGGCUAUGAGACAUUGAGACGUCUCUUAAGAUUCAACGUCCAGAAAAUGAGAGAUCUGGGUUACACCAUCCCAUCCAGCCAGAACGAGCAUAGACCGAUAGACACAGGCUUCACGAAAUGGCUCAAAGAUCAUCAUUCCGAGUGGUUCGAAGAGCAGGAGAAGAUUGAAACAAUCAUUCUUCGACUGAGCACGGCGACUGCCGCUGUUGGGGAGGUGCACACAGCACCGUCCUUAGCAUCUGUCGAGCACUGGAACCGAGUCACGGACCGGGGUCAAGAAGAUGUCUCGGACGCCGACAUCGACACUGAGGAGGUCACGAACGAGGCAAGCAGCCACCUCACUGACCGUGUCGACCAGCACAUUGAGCAAGGAAUACCAGCGCGCCUAGAACUUUUCCAUGCAUAUGGCUCCAUGGCGUAUCAUGUUGAUGCGCCUGGACAACCAUUCGAAGUGCGGAUUCCAGACAGCAUCAGUCGGCGUGACCAGUCCCGUCUAUUCCGCAGAGGCUUUCUGCUCAAGCAGGCACGCGAUAAGUUGGAUCGUAGACUUCGUAUCGUCUGGACCGAACACCAUGAUGCCACCUUCCUUGUCAUCGUCAAGAACCGUCCCUACAGCCAUCGCACUCUUUUCAGCAUGAAAGAGGCCUAUUUGCACGCUUUCGAGUCUCUCAAAGGCUACUGUCGUGAGCUGGAACGUGGAAGCAAGAUGGAUAUUGCUUGUUACAUGGAACUAUACCACCGAUGA